UCACAUUGGAGAAAGGAUUAGAGAAGGAAGGUUGUCUUCCAGGAGCUGUGUGGUCCUCAAGAACCAACCUUUAUGAGAGGAAGAAGUGAGGAAACAAGGAGGAAUCCUUUUCUUCUACCAGAGGAGUUCUCUCCCUGAUUUCAGGCCUGUGAGUGAAAGCUCCGGUUCCUUGCGUGAUCCUCCAGGUCCCCCCCCCUCCCGUCCCGUCUCAUCCACGAUGAAGCUGGUCCCCCUGGCCUGGUUUGCGGUUCUGACUCUGGUGCUGGCGGAGCCGCUGGGCUGCAUGGGGUUCACCACAAGGGGGCAGAGUCUGAGGGGCCGCGUCCAGAGGGACAGGAGGAACAUCCGUCCCAACAUUAUCCUCAUCAUGACGGACGACCAAGACGUGGAGCUAGGCUCAUUGCAGGUGAUGAACAAGACCCGCAAGAUAAUGGAGGACGGGGGCACCACCUUCACCAAUGCCUUCGUGACCACGCCCAUGUGCUGCCCGUCACGGUCCUCCAUGCUGACGGGGAAAUACGUGCACAACCACAAUACGUACACCAACAACGAGAACUGCUCCUCCCCGUCCUGGCAGGCCCAGCACGAGCCCCGAUCCUUUGCCGUCUACCUCAACAACACUGGCUACCGGACCGCUUUCUUUGGGAAGUACCUUAACGAGUACAACGGCAGCUACAUACCGCCUGGGUGGCGAGAGUGGGUGGGGCUGAUCAAAAAUUCCCGCUUCUAUAAUUACACCGUCUGCAGGAACGGCUACAAGGAGAAGCACGGUGCAGAGUAUGCCAAGGAUUAUUUCACAGAUUUGAUCACCAACGACAGCAUCAGCUUCUUCCGGAUGUCCAAGCGGUUGUACCCGCACCGGCCGGUGAUGAUGGUGAUCAGCCACGCCGCGCCCCAUGGGCCCGAGGACUCCGCCCCGCAGUACUCCGAGCUCUUCCCCAAUGCCUCCCAGCACAUAACACCCAGCUACAACUACGCGCCCAACAUGGACAAGCACUGGAUCAUGCAGUACACGGGCCCGAUGAAGCCCAUACACAUGGAGUUCACCAACUUCCUGCACCGCAAGAGGCUGCAGACCCUCAUGUCCGUGGACGACUCUGUGCAGAGGAUAUACGAGACCCUGCUGGAGACCGGGGAGCUGGACAACACCUACAUCAUUUACACGGCGGACCACGGCUACCACAUUGGCCAGUUUGGCCUGGUGAAGGGGAAGUCCAUGCCGUACGACUUUGACAUCAGGGUGCCCUUCUUCGUCCGGGGACCCAACGUGGAACCAGGAACAGUAAAUACUCAUCUGGUGCUGAAUAUCGACCUGGCCCCCACCAUCCUGGACAUCGCAGGACUUGACACACCCCCCGACAUGGACGGCAAGUCCAUCCUGAAGCUGCUGGAGCAGGAAAGGACGGGGAACAGGUUCAAACCGAACCGGAAAGCCAGAGUCUGGAGAGACACAUUCCUGGUGGAAAGAGGCAAAAUCCUGCGUAAGAAGGAGGACACUGGGGGCAGCCUCAGCACCCAGCACACCAACAGCCUGCCCAAGUACAAGAAGGUGAAGGAGGUGUGCCAGCAGGCUGAGUUCCAGACCCCCUGCCAGCAGCCAGGACAGAAAUGGCACUGCGUGGAGGAGAUCACCGGCAAGUGGCGCAUCCAGAAGUGCAAGGGGGGCGUGAAGGAGGGCACGAGGAAGAAGACGAGAAGCCUGCGCUCCCGGAGCUACGACAGCCGGGAGAAGGGCUGUGACUGCGGGGACAGCCAGCACAGGGCCAGCAGAGGGGACCGGCGAGGCCACAGACACCUCCCCCAGUCACCCACCCAGCGUUACAGGCCCCGGUUUGUGCACACCCGGGCGUCCCGGUCGUUGUCGGUGGAGUUCGAGGGGCAGAUCUAUGACAUCGACCUGCAGGAAGGGGAGGACUCUGCGCUCCGCCCACGGAACAUCAGCAAGCGGCACUACGAGCAGGAGGAGGAGGAUGGCGAGGAGACGGACUUCCUCCUGGAGUCAGACGACGCCUCCGAGGAGAUGCUGGCUGACGACACCAACGCAGUGGGCUACCCCAACUCGGUCAAAGUCACGCACAAGUGCUACAUCCUGAUGAACGACACCGUACACUGCGAGAGGGAGAUCUAUCAGUCCUCCCGGGCCUGGAAGGACCACAAGAGCUACGUGGACCAGGAGAUCGAAGCGCUUCAGGACAAAAUCAAGAACCUGAGGGAGGUACGGGGACACCUGAAGCGGAGGAGGCCCGACGAGUGCGACUGCGGAAAGAGGAGCUACUUUAGCAAAAUGAAAGGGCAGAGAAACAAAGCUGAGAGGUUGAAGAACAAGAAUGACCAUCUGCACCCCUUUAAGGAGGCGGUGCAGGAAGUGGACGGGAAGGCGCAGCUCUUCAACGAGAUCCGCAGGAAGAAGAAGGAGAGGAAGCUGAAGAAGAGGCAGAAGAAGGGGGACGAUUGCAGCCUGCCCGGUCUGACCUGCUUCACGCACAACAAUGACCACUGGCAGACUGCCCCCUUCUGGAACCUUGGAGGAUUCUGUGCCUGCACCAGCUCCAACAACAACACGUACUGGUGUUUACGAACAAUCAACGAGACCCACAAUACCCUAUUCUGUGAGUUCGCCACCGGCUUCCUGGAGUACUUCGACCUGAACAGCGACCCUUAUCAGCUGACGAAUGCAGUCUACUCAGUGGAGAGGGAGGUCCUGAAUCAGCUGCAUGCGCAGCUAAUGGAGAUGCGCAGCUGCCAGGGACACAGGCAGUGUAACCCCCGACCAAAGGGCCUGGACACAGGAAAUAAAGAUGGAGGAAGCUAUGAUCCACACAGCUCACAGCCAGUAUGGGACGGAAGGAAGGGUUAAGCUGCCCAACUUCACAGAGGAUGUCAACUGGCAAGGACUGGAGGACCUAUACAGUGUGAACGAGAGCUUGUACGACA